UGCUAAAUUCCCACCAAGUCUAGGGGAUCGGGUACCGAACUUUGACAUUCACCCAGCCCAACACUUCGCCAGUCGCCCCCACUCGGCCAGACGUCCACUCCCGCACUCCGCCGCCGCCGUAAAAACUCAAAACCCUAGUCCGUUCGUCAUUUCGUCCUUCCCAAAUCUCAUUCGCCAGCUCGCCGCUGCCGCUUCGGCCUUGCCAUCCACGCCGCCCCUUCCGGCCUCGUCGUCGGCCGUCCGCACCGCCCCCUCUGGCAAAUCGCGAAAGAUCGAGCUCUUGGAGAGAACCUCCAGCCGCGGGUCGUCGCCGCCUCUACGAGUACGCCAACAACAGUCAACAGGCUCCGAAGACGAUGAGUAUCUCAGGCGAGGUAACCGGCCAAGGCUCCGACGGUGAGGAGGAGGUCUACAUCAACGAGGAGGACAUCAUCCACGAGAUUACCAUCGAUGACGAAGAUCUCCCUGACCGCGAUGAGGAUGAUGAUGACGGGAUGGUUAAUACAGAAGAGAUUGACGAUUCUACAUACACAUUUCAUGGUCAUAAAGAUGAGGUCUAUGCUGUUGCGUGCAGCCCGACAGAUGCAUCACUUGUGGCUUCUGGAGGCAAAGAUGACAGAGGUUUCCUGUGGAGGAUUGGAUCAGCAGAGGGUGCUUUGGAGCUGACCGGGCAUAGUGACACUGUCGGUACAAUAGCUUUCAGUUCGGAUGGGAAUUUGUUGGCUUGUGGAAGUUUUGAUGGGCAGAUAAAUGUAUGGAAUACAGCUACACGAACUCUUCAGGGAACCCUUGAGGGUUCUGGAUCAGGUUUCGAGUGGCUUAAAUGGCAUCCACGAGGACAUUUGAUUAUUGCAGGAUCAGAAGACUGUAAUGUAUGGAUGUGGAAUGCUGACCAUAAUGCCAUUCUGAAUACCUUUUCUGGUCACAGUAGCACAGUGACGUGUGGCGAUUUUACUCCAGAUGGUAAACUUAUUUGUACUGGAUCCGAUGAUGCAUCAUUGAGGAUAUGGGACCCAAAAACUGCACAAAGCAGACAUGUUGUUCGAGGCCAUGGCUAUCACACCGAUGGAUUGACAUGCUUAUCGAUUACUUUGGAUUCCCAAACAAUUGUUAGUGGCUCAAAGGACAAUUCUGUGCACAUCGUGAAUGUAAACUCAGGCCAGGUCGUUGGUUCAUUAGUUGGUCACACCAAUUCUGUUGAGUGCGUUGGCAUCUCAUCGAGUUACAACUGGGCGGCUACGGGGAGCAUGGACCAAAAGCUCAUCAUCUGGGACCUUGCUCAUCAGUCAAGUCGAUGCACUUGCGAGCAUAAUGAGGGCGUAACAUGCCUGGCAUGGCUGGGCAACUCAAGGUACGUGGUGUCAGGAUGCAUCGACGGCAAGAUGCGCAUCUGGGACAGCCUCUCCGGCGACUUUGCCAGGACCUUGAGUGGCCACGCCGAUGUUGUGCAGUCGCUGGCUGUCUCGGCGGACGGCAACUCCAUCGUCUCCGUCUCAACUGAUGGCUCCGCCCGUGUGUUUGACGUCUCCAUGUUCAAGUGAAAGUCUCCAUUCUACUUACUCCAUUGAUCCAGCAGACAGACAGGGGCAGGCAGUGUCAUUGAGGAGCUAAGCUUGUUAACAGUACUAGACUGACUAGCACCUCUUGCUUACAGUGAGCGCCCUCACCAUUUAGUGAUGCUUCAGAAGAAAUGCACUCAUGGAGUGAUACAUUCUUAUUCUACUUACCAUCCUAUGCAUUUUCUUCCCUUGGAUUAUUAGUUUGUUUAGUCUUAGCGCCCUUGUCCCCCCCCCCCCCCUCCCCUUGCCCCUGAGCAAUUGGGUUUUGACAGACCAGCAUUGAUUCUUGAAAGACUGGCCCAUGCUACUUGUUAUUGAACAUGCAUUGUUCAGGUGCAUAUUAGGAUAGAUAUGGCAGAGCAAGACCCAUUAUAUUGGAAGAAUCUUGAGAUAUGGGGAAGGCAUCAUUAUCCAAAAAUCUGAAGACAUGUUCAGUUGUAGCUGUACUAAAACUUCUUUUGUCAUAAAGUAUGUGGUUAGGAAGUUAUUUACAUCUAACUUUGUUCAUCCUUCAAUUCAAUUAUUUUUUUAUGUUUUCUUUGUAAUAUUUAGUAAAAGGAAUACCAAGAAAUUUCAUUGUUUUUGUGAAAGUAUUUGAAACUGGCUUAUGGGCA